AUGGCAGCGACACGAAGUGCAUCAAGCGUACCACAAGUCGCCAGCAAACGCCAGAAAGUUGACCAUCAUGUAAAUGGUAAUGGCACGGCUCAGGUCCACUCGAACAAAAGAUGUCCUCGUGGUCAGGGGCCGAUCAGAAUCGGAGGAGCUUCAGGCGGCUUCACGGAUAGACAGCGAUCAAUCUUGUCCUUCGCCAGGGAUUGCGAUGUCGAUGUGAUUAUUGGGGACUGGAUGUCCGAGAUGACGAUGGAAUGGCACGGUGUAGCAAAGAACGACGACAUCAAGAAGGGUCUCUCGAACGAGGAGCGCGUUGGGAUGUUUGAUCCAAGCUUCAUGGGGACAUUGACUCCAGCACUUCGGCACCUGGAGGAGCGGAACGUCAAGGUUGCUGUAAACGCUGGAGCCAGUGAUGCAGAAAUGUUGGCCAGUCUGGUCCAGAAGGAAGUUACGAAACAAGGACUAGGUCUGAAGGUGGCCUGGAUACAAGGCGACGAAGUGUUCGAGGUCGUUCAGCGUCUUCUGAAGAAAGGCGAAAAGUUCGAAAACGUCUGCUUCGGAACAAAUCUGGAAGACUGGGGCAUCGAGCCGAUCACAGCUCAGUGUUACCUUGGAGGAGCUGGGAUAGCAGAGGCAUUCAAAGCAGGCGCAGAUAUCGUGAUCUGCGGUAGAGUAUCGGAUGCAGCCCCGGUAAUCGGUUCUGCGAUGUGGUGGCACGGCUGGGAUCGCAAUUCCCAAUUCGACGAGAUUGCUCACUCGCUGAUCGCGGGACAUCUGAUUGAAUGCUCAACAUAUGUCUGCGGCGGUUACUACAGCGCCUUCAAGAGCCUUUUCGACGGCUGCGAGGAUAUAGGCUUCCCAAUCGCCGCGAUCAACGCAGACGGCACCUUCGUGCUGGAAAAGGAGCCAAAUACUGGCGGAGAAAUGUCAGUAGGAACAGCAACCUCUCAACUUCUCUAUGAGAUCCAGGGCCCACAGUACUAUGGAUCGGACGUUGUUGCCGUGCUCGAAGGCAUAGAAAUGAUUCAGCUGGCGAAAGACCAAGUGCUUGUCCGUGGAGUCAAGGGUAACCCACCGCCCACCACCACCAAAGUCGGCAUAACAGCACGCGGAGGCUGGCAAGCCGAGUUUCACUACUACCUGUGCGGUCUCGACCUGAAGCAAAAAGCCGAAUGGACCGAGAAACAGAUUCGCAAGUCAAUCGGUAAAGACGUCGAGAAGUAUUCGCUGCUCAAGUUCAGUCUGAACGGCUGGAGUCAGGAGGACCCAGAGAAUCAGGAUGUCGCCACCGUCGACCUCCGAAUAUUUGUACAAACCAAGGACAAAAGCGUCAUCGGCGCGGGAAAUAUGGUCGGCUUCCAACGAAGCUGCAUGGAAAACUUCUUGUCAAGUUGUCCCGGUGCGUCGAUAGAGAAUGAUCUGAGACAGUCAGCGCCGAAGGAGUACUUCGAAUAUUGGGGCGCUCUCCUACCGCAAUCAGAAGUCAGCCACAGUGUAGAACUGCCGUGGCUGCAGAAGUCAAUACCCGUUCCACCGUCGACAGCUGUCAAAGACUACGGUAAGUUCUACGAUACACGGCAAUGGAGCUACGAGACAACAGAGCCCGUCGACUUAGCAUCCUUUGGCCCGACGACUCGAGCACCGUUGGGCUACGUCGUGCUUGGAAGAUCAGGAGACAAGUCGUCCGACUGCAACGUUGGCUUCUUCACACGACAUGAUGAUGAAUGGGACUGGUUAAGGAGCUUGAUGACAAUCCCAAGGAUGAAGCAGCUUUUGGGACCAGAGUACAAUGGCAAGGACAUCGAUCGGUUUGAGAUCCCAGCGAUAAGGGCUGUCCACUUCAUGCUUCACGAUCAUUUAGACCGGUCAUGGGGCGCAAGCAGCACUUACGACGGGCUUGGGAAGAACCUUUGCGAGUAUAUCAGAGCGAAGCACGUGGAUAUGCCGAACUUGUUCCUUCGCAGAGGUCGAGUUUGA